AUGGCACAGGCAAAACUGGAUUUUGCGAAAUCUCGAAAUUUGAGACUCGGAGUUGGAAGAAGUCGUUUGCAAUCGAAGUUUCACAAGGGAUUUGUGUCAGAGUCGAAAGAUCAGUUUCAGUUUGCCAAGGGUUCGACAUCAAAUAUUAUUCUAUCUCCGACAAGGCCAAUUAUGUGAGUUUAGUUAAAAAUUUUCCCACGGAUAAAUGUAACCGGAAAAUAAAAAUGAAUAGAGGAAAUUUUAGUUAUAACUCAAACAAUUAUUAUUGGGACGGAUUUUAUAAGCCACACAAAGAUAGGCCAAAACAAUGCUUCUACGCAAUUCAAGAAUCCGAUGAGGAGUUGUACAAUUUGAAACUUCCAAAUGGAACUUUUCCCCGAAAAAUUAUUUUUGGAUGCAAAGGAAUGAAUUAUUGUUGUGAUCUUGAUUGUUGCUCAUAUUAUACAGCUGCCGCCGGUGUUGUGUAAGUUUUCUCUUUUGUUUUUUGGAAUCAAGUAAAAAUUUUCAGAGGAGCGAUUGUUGUCUUCAUUGGCUCUUUAUUAAUGUGUGAAAAAUGUAUGAGUAAGCGAAAAGAUACAAAAUAG